UAAGCCUUUUGUUCUGUUGAAAUCUUUUCAACUUUUAGCAAUCGGUACGUCAUUGGGACCGGUGUUAUUCCAUCAUUCUGGAAUUGUGCCAUACUCGUCAUCGCCUUUCUGUGUGCAAUGAGUUCCACUUGGAAUGAUUGAUGGCACAUUUACUGUAACUCCUUAAAAUAACAUGAGAUGCUUCUGAGGUCGAUUUGAAAAUCUCGCUUCUCUCUUCUCAUUUUUUGACUUUUGGUCUCUACUCUCUUUUCCAGAAAAGCUUCACUUUCACUUCAGUAUUUCUAAUUUUCCACUUAUCCACAUGACAAGAAUACGAUGGCAGUUUGUAAGAUUUACCAGACUAAAAACUCUAAGACCCACCAAUCUUCAUUCAGCGGGAUUACAGAGAUUUGGGGAGAGAAAAAAAAUGGAGAUCUUUUGGAAAGUAUGAAUCAUCCACUAAAUACGAUUCUGGUUCAAGAGAAGGGCUAACCCCGUUUGACCUUUGAUGACACCAUUAUUACACCGUCUAAGGAGUUUGUUUUCUUCAAUGUUUACGUGUUGUUGGGGAAUGGGCCAUUUCUGUAAAAAUGAAACCGAGCCAUGGUGUGAAUGUUGGAUUUUUUUUAUCCUCAGUCAAAAGAAAUUAAAUAUUAGCAGAUAUAAAAAUUGUUGCUGAUCCAGAUAGAAUUGUUUUGUUUCACUUUGACGUUCUGGUCAUAUUUUUAGCUCUUUCUUUCCGUUGCAUUUUUGCUUUACAGGAAAUAGCAUCUCAAUUCAAAAAGGUGAUUUCCACAUUAUUGACUAAUUUUGAAACUGGACACGCAAUCAGAUUUGGGAGUCUGUGCCAAAGUGUUGUUGCUCAAAGUCCCACUCGUGCUCAUUCUUCCCUGCCAUCACUCGGGCUAGGCACUCGUGUCGGGACAUGCUAAGGAGCUGACAGGCCGGCUCUCGGGAGAUUAUCCUCUGCUGCCAGGAGAGAAGCCUCCACAGAUCCGCAGACGCAUUGGAGCUGCUUUCAUGCUCGAUGAGCAAAGCAUACCUCGGGGAGUGGAGGCGUCGGCUCUAAAUCUUGUGGAUGCCGAGUUGGCUCUUCAGUUUAAGAUCUACGAGGCGGCGCGCAAGCUCUGCGAGGAGAACCACCUGAGUAAGGCUGUCCGGAAGAGUCUGUUGGAGCAGUGUAAGCGAGAGGAGAAGAAAGUCAAACAGCUACAAGAGACUGCUUUCCAACUGCGGCUGGAGCAUGGCCGAUCCUCACCGCUUCCUGCUUUUAAUAUCCCGCAACAAGAUCUCGCUGCGUCUGAUGACAGCUCUUUGUCUGAUUCUGUGGUUCAAGAUGAAGAAGUGCAGAGUGAGUCGUCACAGCCGCCCACAGUCCUCCCAUAUUCCGCAGGGAUGGAUUCUUCACAGCCAGCCUCUGCGUCUUUUCAAUCCCACACAGACGGUUCCUACCGAUCACCAUCCGCGGGUCCUCAGAACCUGCCCUUGACACCAAGAUCAUCUCCUCAUCCCAGCCUUGACUCACCCAUGAGUUUUACCUCAAGCCCCGCCUCAUACGACCGGCCUCCUAUCCAGCACUCCCCGUGGUCGGAGACAAGCCUGGAUCAGCCAUACCAGAAGAGCAAGAAGUCACGAUCCUCCUGCAAAGCCAGCCCAGCCAAGAAUGAGUUACUGCCGCCACUGGAGGCUUGCUUGCCACUUUCAGCUCUGCCACAGCAACUAUCCCAUUUGAAACUGAGCCGUACACAGUCCAAUAUUACGUCAUCCAUGUCAGAGAAGCAAGUACACAGGCAGCUCUCCCUCAGGAUAUCCAACCCUGAAUCUUCACUCAAACAAGACAAGGAGCGUGGUCGCCCCAGAGGUCCGAGGAGGCGACUGACCGAUUACAUCAAAACCCCAUCGGAAGCCUCUCCGCUCAUUGUUAACUGUGUCAACCAUGCGGGCUCCGAGGAUAGCAACUCUGAGCACUCGUUUGCAUCCUACAGCAGCUCCCCCAGUCAGGAACUUGUUUGCGAUUUGCCCAAACACUAUCAGGCAUCCUCCCCGCUCGCUGCUCCAUUUGGUAGAACUCAAGCAUCACCACAUGCUGGGUUUUACCACAGUCCCAGACACAUGCUCAACCCGGGUGUCCACAAAGCUUAUUACAACGAGGAAGCGGUCUACUCUCCAUAUGUGGACAUGCCUUGGAGCUAUUAUAGCCAUCAGCCUCCCUGCUCCCCCAGCAGAUAUGAGUAUCGCUACAAAGAGGCUUCUGUGCCCCUGCAGAGAGCACCGAGGCACUUGGCCCCUGAUAGCAGACACUCCCCCACUCCAGCACAAUGGGAUCAUCCACAGUACCGCUCCAACUGCCUCCCACAGCAAGUUGUGAACGAACAGCUGAAGUCGUGGCACCGGCGCAGUCAGCUCAAAGGGCCCAGGUCGCGUUCCCUUGACAGACAGGGAGCGGUCAGGGUGAAAAACAUGGCAGCUCUGGAGGCAAUUCACUAUCCAAAUCAGAAGUACCAGAAGCAGGCCAUCCCAAGAAGAGCUCUUCAAUUACCAACUGAUGACUCUCAAGGACGUUGGCUCGUAGAUGAUGGCACUCACUAUAUGAGUCAAGUAUGACAUCGUGAGACGGACCUGAAUCAGUUUGGACUAAGUGAGAGAAACCGAUUUUAUGUGGACUUUGCUGUUGAAUAAGCAAAUCAACAGAAGUUGUAAUGUUUUGUGAGAAAGGUCACAAAUUUGGAACAUUGACACGAAUGAUUACAAAUAAUGAACUGAAGGGGCCGAAUAACUUUCAGCACUAUUUUAGCAAUACGUGUCUCCAGUUACGGAUUGCUGAAGUUUAUACAUGUAUGAAGAAUAUGAGCCAGAUCAUGUAAAUUAAUGAUGUGUCCUAAAAUUGUAUGUCGAGUAUUUUUUUUGUUUGCUGGAUCAAUCAGAAUGCCAGUUUUGCCACUUAAUCAUGUUCUUAAAUUGACAGAAUAGUCUUGUUUACCUGCAAUUAUUUCCUCCUAUGCCUGUUAUCGACAAACAUGGUAGAAAAGACUUGAUGCAUGGCAGCUAUGUUCUGUACAUUUCAAAUGAAAACAUGUGCGAUUGCAGAUUACAACUGACCAAAUUUUAGUAGCCUACUCCACGUGAAAUAUUGCCAGUGUGUCACAAAGUAGAAGUCAGUAGGGUUUAACUACACUCACUCAAAGCCCUUCACUGUUAUGUAGUGAUUUAUUAUUUAUUCAACGUAGAAAAUCAACCAAAGUCAAACUUGAAAUCAGUGAAGUUGCUGAGUGAGUUUGUUAAUAUAAGAGACUACAAUCAUGCUUCCUUAUGUGCAUUUUUACUGUUGUAUUUUAAAAUGGAACUCAAGUUGUAUUAUUGUUGCAUAUGUAACAAUAUUUUUCUGUGGAAUAAAGAUGUUUUUACAAUCUUUA